UGGACAAACAGAGCGAGUCAACUGGGAUCUCCAGGGCUUUGGGUAUCCGGCUGAGAUUUGGAUUUGCUGCUGGCUGUACAUCAAGGGCUGCGGAGUGGGAAGGCAGGACCAUGUGGCUGUCCCCAGUGCUGCUUCUUCUCAGUUUCACAGGCUGCCUCUCCAUACAAGGCCCAGCACUGGUGAGGGGCCCAGAGCAGGGGUCAGUGACUGUGCGCUGUGGCUACAGCUCAAGAUGGCAAACCAACAGGAAGUGGUGGUGCCGAGGAGCAAACUGGAGCACGUGCAGGAUCCUCAUCCGAUCCACGGGAUCAGAGAAGGAAACGAAGGUCGGCCGGUUUUCCAUCAGGGACAAUCAUAAAAAUAACUCAUUCCAGGUUACCAUGGAGAUGCUCAGGCAAAACGACACAGACACUUACUGGUGUGGUAUCGAAAAAUUUGGAACUGACCGUGGGACCAGAAUUAGAGUGACCGUCUACUCAGUGGGUAAAGAUACCAUGUCGACUUCUAAGCAACUUUCCUCUUCCACUAUGGACAGCAGUGAAGACAUGGUGUCUUCUGACUUGCAGAAGAGGACCCAUUACAUGCUCCUGGUAUUUCUGAAGGUGCCUGCCUUGGUCAUCUUGGCUGGUGUUAUCCUCUGGCUGAAGCGGUCAACUCAGAAGGUCCCUGAGGAACAGUGGAGGCACACUCUUGGUAGCGAUUUGGACUCUGAACUUCUGGCUAAAGACAUUUCUCCUUAGACUGAUGGAUAAGCAGAGCCUUCCCAUCCUAGACUCUCAUUCCAGAGGAGAGCACGACCAGGGACGGUGGUGACUGAGGCUGGUGCCUGGAGGGCUCCGCCAGGCAUGACCUGCACUGUGCACAGCAUGGGGCCACAGCUCAGACCCUUUCUGAGAUAUCAUUACGGCUGCAUGGCCAGCACCUCGCUCCCCCUUUACAUCCUCAUCAGCCCUGUCCCAUCUAUCCACCAUGGUCAGCCCAGGGCGAGAACUGACGGAACGCAGACCAAGCUGCAGAAAGAGAACUGCAUGUGCCCUGCUUGCGCAGAGUCUGGGACAGAAGCACAGAGAAGCAGAAAGGGCCAGUGAGGAGUCUAGGUCAUCUAUCCUAUGCCCCUGUCAUAGAAAACUCUGUGAGAGCAGAGCAGGUGCUCAUUCUCCACGUUCUGGACACUGAGCCCUCCCCUAGCAUGCACUUCUGAGGAAAGCCUGCCUGACAGGCCCAGGGUCCGGAAUGUGGAGAACUCGGGAGUCCAUGACUUGGCCACAGAAGCUGUGAGUGUGUUUCCCAGUGGUGUGUUUUGCUCCAGGGCCAGGAGGCUGCACAGCCUUAGACAGAUCUUUGGACUACCUAGGCUCACAUGCUGCCUUUAAGCAAAGGUUGGCCAAGAGAAAGCAUCAGAGAGCUCAGGAGGCAGAGAGAGCCAUGUCUUCCCACCUGGGUCCUCCCCAUGGCCUGCACUGCAUACAGCUACACUGCAGAGGAAGUCAGGCCAAGGGUAGCUCAUAGAGUAACCACCAACAGCGCCAGCCAGGGAGGUAGAGGCCUCGAGAAUGGUCCCCUUAUCACAGGGUUCUUUUGCCUUUAACUGUAGUUGGGGGUGAGGGAGAAACAACAUGAACUCUGCCUUUUCUGAGGUGGUUUUCAUUGCACAGCUCAGAGCUGACAUGUGCAUUGCAAAGACAUCAUAUCUCUAGAACAUUCUCAUCUUGCAAGACUCAGACUCUAAGCCUACUGAGCAACACCUCACCACCACGCCCCCCACUCCACCACCACCUCUCCUCACCUCACCUCACCUUACCAGGCCCUGGCUGCCACCAUCUAACUUUUUGCCCUUGGGAGUUUUGCUAUUGCAUCUGAGUGGAAUCAUGAGGUGUUUGUCAUUCUGGAGUUGCUUUACCUUAGUUACCGUCAGUCCCAUCCCCAAGGACCACCCACCUUCUAGCACAUGACAGUAUUCCUUCAUGAUAAAUGCUGACUAGCAUCCCACUGCGUGGAUAUACCAUAGUCUCUUCCUCUGCUCACUUACUCCCGGGUGUUUCGGUUGUUUCUAUUCUUGGCCCCUGUGGAUAACGUUACAAUGAGUGUGAGUGUGCGGGUGAAGGUUUCAUGUUGAGAUGCCAUCUUCAGUUCUCUUGCAUAUGAUGACUGUGAUGGUUAAUCUUGAUUGUUGAUUUUUCUGGGUUUAGAAUCACCUAGGAGACACACCUCCAAGGCUCUCUACAAAGGUACUUCCAAAGAAGUUUAACUGAGGAGGGAUAACCCACCCUGAAUGGGGACACUUACCAUCCCAUAGCCUGGAGUCUCAGACGGAAUAAAAAGGAGGAAAGAGAUAAAGUAAACUAAUCACCCAUUGGUCUGUCUCUCUUUCCUUCCUAAGAACGAAGUGUGGCUAGCUGGCUCAUGACCGCCAGAGCCAGCUCCACUGUGAGGUGUGUGGGUGUGAGUGAGACAGCCCAGGGGGAGAGUGAGAGUGAGAGACCUGACUAUGCCUUCUGUGACAGCAUUGGGUGGCCUAGCCAGAGCAUUGCUGGAGAGCUCGCCUGCCCGGUGGCUCAGAUAAGGGAGAGCUGGCAGGCUAUUCCACUCAGCUACCGCCCAGAUCCAGAUCCAGGGCUCUGAGUGGACCCACCCCAAAAUCUGCAUCAUCUGUGAACUGUUGGGGCAUGUGAAACAACCAGUCCUGCUGAUCCAAAGCUGCAGGAUCUCCAGGACACAGGACAACAGGACAACCAGGAGGAAUCCCUGUUAGGAUCCAAUAUUGGUAGUAUCACCUCCAUCAGACCAAUAACUCAUUGCAAUGAAUAUCUAUAAGUAAAGAUGUAUGAAGAGAGGGAUACAGUGUGGGACACACUGUGACACACUACAGCUUCCACAAUGAGAUGUUUUCUAUACAUUAUUUUUUAC